UACUGCAGACUAGUUGGCUUCGUCUCUGUAUCCACCGGACUUUACACCUUGUUUGUAUGCAGUGAUUCGAACACUUGCCGCGCAGCACUCAAGACGCUUCCUCAAUCUACUGAGUUCGAGCAAAGCCCUCGAUAGAUACUUGGUUUACGAACUCUAAGCAUUUGAGACAGGAGUGAGGCUAUACGUCAUACUGUCAUCUGCAAUUUGCCAACCGUUCCGAUUGUUGCUUGUUAUCAUUUGUCUGCCUUUGUUCUCGUGUAUCUCUUGUGAAAGUGGCACCCCUCUAUUGAUCUAAUUACAUUCGCAACACCAUCAUUGACGUGCAAUUGAAUACAAUGUCAUCCUCUGUUCACUUCAAGUUCAAGUCUCAAAAGGAGCCUUCAAGGGUGACUUUUGAUGGCACCGGUAUCUCUGUCUUCGAAUUGAAAAGAGAAAUUAUCAAUCAGAGUAGACUGGGUGACGGGACUGACUUUGAGCUGUCUAUCUACAAUGAAGAUACUAAAGAAGAAUACGACGAUGACACCAGCAUAAUACCGCGUUCUACGUCCGUCAUCGCUCGGAGAUUGCCUGCAUCACGCCCAGGGAAGGGUGGUGCUGCUCGUUAUGUUUCCGGGAAAAUGCCAGUCAAUGCGCGCAGUGCCCCCCGUAAUGAACAAUUUCCCUUGGCUCGAGCAUCCCCCAAUACUAGCAACGGUGUUCUAGAGCUCAACAAUGCCCAGACGGAGGAAGAGAAGAUCAAUGCACUGUUCAAUUUGCAAGCAAAUCAAUGGAAAGAACAGCAGCAGGAAAUGGCAAACGCUACCCCUGUUCCAUUCGGCCGUGGAAGGGGCAGACCUGUGAAUGUUCCUGAUCACCCCCCUCCCCCCGGCUACUUAUGUUACCGCUGUCGUGAGAAAGGCCAUUGGAUCCAAGCUUGCCCCACAAAUAAUGACCCCAAAUUUGAUGGGAAAUAUAGAGUAAAACGAUCAACCGGUAUACCCCGUUCAUUACAAACCAAGGUCGAAAAGCCGGAAUCCCUCACCCUGGACGGCUCAAACGAGGAUCCGAGGAACACAGGUGUCAUGGUUAAUGCCGAUGGCGAUUUUGUCAUAGCUAAGCCUGACAAGGCAGCCUGGGAAUUAUACCAGGAAAAAGCCAAAGCCUCUGCAGCAGCCGCAGCAGAAGCAGCCGCAGCAGAGUACAGCAAAGAACUGCAAGCACGUGGUUUAGAGUGUCCGAUUGACAAGCGAAUGUUUUUAGAGCCCACUAGAACUCCGUGCUGUCAAAGGACAUACUGCAAUGAUUGUAUUACCAAUGCAUUAAUCGAGAGCGAUUUUGUAUGCCCUGGCUGUGGAACGGAGGGAGUAUUACUCGAUAAUCUUACUGUUGAUGAUGAGGCUAUCAGCAAGAUCAAAGAGUACGAAGCUGAAAAAGCGGAUUCGAAGAAAGAGAAGGACAAGCAACAGGCAAAUGACAAUGGUCCCGGUAUUGAUAAAUCGGCCAUGCAAGGCAAAGGGCCUGUUGCAACUACGGAGUCUUCGCCACCAAUUCCGCCUAGUCAACCAGCUUCGAACAAAAGACCUGCUGAAGAUGAACCUCCCCGUACUGUUGCUGCUCGAUCAAGUCCUAGUUCGUUGUCCAAAAAGCUGAAGACAAACGACAAGGCCGAUUCACAAAAUACACAGGCUACUGGGCCUGUGGCCGGGUUUCCAGCUUUCCCUUUCGGCCAGCAGAUGCCGUUCGGGAAUUUUGGAUUCAUGCCGAACCAGGGGAUGCCUACAAUGCCAUUGUCUGAUCCUAUGAACUCUAUGGGUGUUCCUUCGUCUGGUGGUUUCCCACCUAACAUGGAUCAGUCUUGGAAUGCUAUGAAUGCUAUGAAUUUUAGCCCUGCUCCAGGAAUCUAUGGCGACAAUGUGAACAAUUAUGCCACACCGAAUCUUUACAACGGCGUCGGAGAGCCAUCUAUGAACAUGUUCCACAUGCCUCAAAUGAUGGGACUUCAACCGAAUCCUGGUCUUGCGCAAGGUCCCGGAAUAGGUCGAUUUUCAAAUCAACAGAGAACAACGUUCAGUACACCAUUUGCCAGGGAAGAAGAUACGGCUUAUUUUCGGCAACCUGUUAAUCCACAACGGCACCAAGCGAGACACCGGAGGAUACGACCAAGUGACUAUCGAGAGCUCUGAGGUGGUAGAUAAAAACUCACUUCGACGUGUCCGCGGUUGUUAGGUCUCAGGUCUCCCUUUUUCCGAUAUGUCUUGCUGUUCACCCCGUCAUUCUCUAUUCGUUUUGUAUUCAUCGGCGUUCAUAACUGCUACUUGAUUCAUUG